ACCUGCUGCGAAACCCUCCAUGUCGGCCCUGGUUACUGGUUGAUCAUCCAUAGCUGUUCAAGCUUCGAAAAGAGAAUGAGAUUGCCUGCUCUGAUACCACUUGACGCAGUGGGAUGCACUAAGACAACAAGCGUUGGUCUUAGAAUUGAAGAUUCAAGUUCGCAAGCGACAAACUUGAAGAAAAGGCUUUGGAAUCCACCAGAAAAGGUCUCGGAAUCAUCUCCUGCAUCAAUAUCAGAAGUGAAGAAUGACAUAUUGCACCAUCUGAAAGAAAAAGAUGUUUUAGUAGUAUGUGGAGAAACAGGCUCUGGAAAGACUACACAGGUUCCUCAAUUUAUAUUGGAUGAUAUGAUCGAUUCGGGGCAUGGUGGAUACUGUAAUAUCAUAUGCACACAACCUCGGCGGAUAGCAGUUAUCAUAGCUACAAAUAUUGCAGAGACGAGUAUAACAAUUGAUGAUGUGGUGUAUGUGAUUGAUAGUGGCAAACACAAGGAAGAUCGCUAUAAUCCACAGAAGAAAUUGUCAAGCAUGGUGGAAGAUUGGAUAUCUAAAGCAAACGCAAGACAAAGAGCGGGAAGAGCUGGACGUGUCAGACCUGGACAUUGCUUUUCCUUGUACACACGGCAUAGGUUCGAGAAGCGUAUGCGUCCCUAUCAGGCUUUGGAAGCUCCGAGUGAAAGUGCUAUUCACUCUGCAAUCUCAUGGUUGCGCAAGACGUUGUUAUAUGGUGCCAUUUUUGGUUGCUUGUCACCUAUUCUCUCCAUUGCGGCUUUCUUGAGCGAAAAAUCGCCAUUUGUUUAUCCCAAAGAUGAGAAGCAGAAUGUUGAUCGGGUGAAACUUGCUCUUUUGUCUGAUAAGCUGGAGAGUUCGAGUAAUAUAAACAACAAUGACAAGCAAUCUGAUCACCUCCUGAUGAUUGUUGCAUACGAAAAAUGGGUGAAGAUACUGCAUAAGCAAGGAAAUCAAGCUGCAGAGAGGUUCUGUGAUUCAAAUUUUUUGAGCAGCUCAGUGAUGCAGAUGAUAAGUGACGUGAGAAUACAGCUUGGCACUUUACUUGCUGACAUCGGGCUCAUCAAUCUUCCUAAAAGUAACGAGUAUGCGGGAAGAAGAAAUGAGAAUCUUGAUGUUUGGUUUUCUGACAAAACUCAACCUUUCAAUAUGUAUUCACAAGAACCUGAAGUUGUUAAGGCUAUAUUAUGCGCGGGGCUAUGUCCUAAUAUCGCAGAGGGAAUGGUCAAUCGUUUAACGAAGCCAGAACAGCAAACACAGCGUUACGCAGUGUGGCAUGAUGGAAGAAGAGAAGUUCAUAUCCAUCCAAACUCUAUAAACAAAAGCUGCAAAGCGUUUCAAUACUCUUUUCUUGUAUUCCUCGUGAAGGUCGAAUCAAGGAAAGUAGUAUCUUUGCGAGAUACAACCAUUGUUUCUCCUCUCUCCAUUCUUCUUUUUGGUGGCUCAGUCGAUGUUCAUCAUCAGGAGCUUCGGUUAACACUCCAUUCCAUUCUCAAAGAUCUCAUCCGGAAACCCGAGAAAUCAGGUAUUGUCCACAACGAAGUCGUUAAAUCUAUGGUCCAUCUUCUCAUAGAAGAAGGCAAGCCGCAACCCAAAACUGCUCUAGGAAAUGAAGACUGA